CUAUACAGUCCUUAAACAAACGUGUUGUGUCUUAGCUGCUUUUCCUCCUAACCCACCGAAUAUUCCUCUCUUCAAUUCCGUUCCUUUCUCUCUAUAAAUCCCACUCCCCUCCCCUUUUUAACUCCCUAAAACCAAAACAAGAAACAAAAGAAUAGUCCCCCCUUAAAAAUCGACCAAAACAGAAAACCCAGAUCAUAAAAAGCUCCCUAAAAUGUUGAGUGAGACAUUGAAGAACAAGUACCAAUUAUGUGAAGAGAUCGGAAGAGGGCGGUUUGGGGUUAUCUCUCGAGUGUUUUGCCCUUUAAUCGAAUCCUCCUUCGCCUGUAAAUCCAUCGACAAACGCCUCCUUUCCGACCCCACCGAUCGAGAAUGUCUGGAGAACGAACCCAAAGUCAUGACCCUUUUGUCUCCUCACUCCAACAUCGUUCAAAUCUACGACAUGUUUGAAUCCGAUGAUACCCUUCAACUCAUCAUUGAUCUCUGCCAGCCUUUUACCCUCUACGACAAGAUUCUGGAACCCGAUAUGUCUGAACCUAAAGCCGCGGCUUACAUGCAACAGCUUAUGUUGGGUUUGGCUCAUUGUCACAGGUUUGGGAUCGUUCAUAGAGAUAUUAAACCUGAUAACAUUUUUUUCGACUUUAGAGGUAAUUUGAAGAUUGGGGAUUUCGGGUCUUCCACAUGGUUAGGGGAAGUUGGGACCGCCGAUGGGUUGGUGGGUACGCCUUAUUAUGUAGCGCCGGAAGUUGUGAUGGGUAGGGCUUACAAUGAGAAGGUUGAUGUGUGGAGUGCGGGUGUGGUUCUGUACGUUAUGUUAGCCGGUGUUCCACCGUUUUACGGUGAAACGGCGGAUGAGAUUUUCGAGGCUGUUCUGAGAGGGAAUUUAAGGUUUCCAUCUAGGAUUUUCAGGUCAGUCUCUGCUGAGGUUAAGGACUUGUUGAGGAAGAUGAUUUGCAGAGAUGUUUCCAGGAGAUGGUCUGCUGAACAAGUCCUGAGGCACCCAUGGAUCUUGAAUGGAGGGGAAACAAUUUCAAUGGACUGAUUUAAUCAAAGCAUUGAAAAGAGCAUAAAUAAGAGCUUAUUAGGAACACCCUCCCUCCCUCCCCUUGCCCCUUCCCCCACCGCCCCCCCAAAAAAAAAAAAAAAAAGAAGAGAGCUUAUCAAUGUAAAUAUUAGGCACUGUCUGCAUAUCAAGAAUCCUCAUAAGAAGGGUCCCCCAAGUAAGCAUCUCUACAAAGCAAAAGUCAAAAUCAAGCAAAGCUUCCAGUUUUGCAAGGCCAUGGAAGUUACACACAAGAGAGCAGAGUUUCAUCACAUGGGGGGGUCCAAACCAACCACCAUGAUCAACCUACCGGUCUUUAUUAAUAUCUUUUUUGGUUUUUGGUUUUUUGUUUUUGUUUUUGGUUAAUGUUUUUAAGAACUAAGCAUAUAGAGUGUACAUAGAUAAAAACAGUAAGUUGAGACUCCACCUCCUGUACUUGGUGUUUUUUUAUUAAUGAAAGUAUGAAGGAAGUGAGAAAAGCCUCUUCUUUUCAUAUAUUAUUAUAUAUAAAAAUAA